GUUUUCUUCUGCACCGAUGGCUCUUCGCUCAACGAUCACAAACCGUCCACGCGCAUGCCUAUAACCGCCGUAGUAUGCAACAUUGAUCCCCGACAUCCGCGCAUAUCGAAUCGUCCUUCUGCCACAGAUGCAGCAUCAACCUCUCCGCCCAUCACGCGACUCCCUCGAACUCGCCUCCCUCGCAUCCUCUUCCAACAACCAUGACCGCCGCGACUCCCUCGACAGCAGCUCUGGCGGACCGCCGAGUAGUCGUAAACUCAGCUUCUCGAACCCGGCAACACCGAUGAAUGGAUCUGGAAGAGCUUUUCAUGGGAGAAGUUAUUCCGUCAGCAGUGCUUUUGAUUUCAAUUCCUCACUCUUCCCUCUAUCAGCUACCGCAGGAGGAGUCGGCGCAUAUACAAGUCUCGGAACACCCGCAACUCCACACUUCUCUACCGAAGCUGGUGGGAGUCUGGAAAGGAAUAAGAGUUUGACAUAUUUAAACGGACUGUCACUGGUUGUGGGUCUUAUAAUCGGGAGUGGGAUCUUCAGCUCUCCAGCUUCUGUAAACCUCAACGCUGGGAGUCCUGCUGCUGCGCUGUCGGUAUGGAUCAUUUCGGGUGUUCUGGCAUGGACGGGCGCGGCGAGUUAUGCAGAGCUGGGAGGUGCGAUACCGCUGAAUGGAGGGGCGCAGAUAUAUUUGAGUAAAAUUUUCGGGGAGUGGGCUGGGUUUUUGUUUACGUGGUGUGCGGUUGUAGUACUCAAACCUGGGAGUGCGGCGAUCAUCGCGAUUAUAUUUGGGGAGUAUGUUGUCCGCGCAAUCAUUGGCGCUGAGGCGGGGGAGGCGAGUGCUUGGAUAAAUAAAGGCGUUGCGUUGGCAGGGCUGCUGAUUGUUACGGGACUCAAUUGUGUGAGCACGAAACUGGGGACAAGAUCUGCGGAUUUCUUCAUGUUUUUCAAAUUUGCAGCACUCCUAGCUGUUACGGUAGCCGGGGUGAUCGUGGCGACUACGGGUUUGGCGUAUCACAAGGACGAGCUGUCGCAGAAGUGGAAAAAUACGUCUUGGUUUUCUGGUACCUCCUUGUCGUCCUCCGAAUGGGCUGUCGCACUCUAUGCCGGACUCUGGGCUUACGAUGGAUGGGACAACACCAACUAUGUCACGGGCGAAAUGGUCCACGCCAGCCGCGACCUCCCAAGAGUCAUUCACACAGCCCUACCCGUGGUCAUACUAUCCUACCUCCUCGCCAACCUAGCCUACAUCUUCGUCCUCCCAACAGACAUCAUCAACAAAAGCAACACAAUCGCAGUAUCCUUCGGCUCAACCGUCCUCGGGCCCCUCGGUUCUCUCCUUCUCGCCCUCGCAGUCGCAGGCUCUUGCUUCGGCGCCCUAAACGCAACAACCUUCACAUCAGGCCGCCUCGUCUACUCCGCAGGAAAAGAAGGCUACAUCCCCGAACUUUUCGCCACAAUCGGCUUCUCCGACACCUCACGACGCAUGCGUCUCCCACGUCGAGGAGGCAAAAAACUCGCCCAUUUCCUCGCCGAUGAACAAGGCUUCUUCUACACACCCAUCUACGCCAUGACCCUCAACGCCAUCCUCACAAUCCUCUACAUCAUCAUCGGAGAUUUCACGACGCUCACGACGUUCUACGGCGUAGCUUCUUACCUCUUCUACUUCGCGGUCGUCGUCGGCUUGAUCGUGUUGAGAGUCAAAGAACCGGAAUUGGAAAGACCUUAUAAAUGUUGGAUUACGACGCCCGUUAUUUUUUGCUGUGUCAGCUUGUUCUUGCUGAGCAGAGCUGUGUUUGCGAAGCCUUGGCAGGCGUUGAUUGUGCUGGGGUUUCUGGCGGUCGGUGUGCCGCUGUAUUGGUGGCGGGUGGGGAGUCGACGGCGGAAAAGUGGGAGGAGAGGGGAGGAAGGUGAGGGGUGGAGGUUUUGGAAGAGGUGGAGACGGAAGUGAACGAGACUCUGGAGAGUUUCUCUCUUCUAUAGCUUUUGAAUGAAUUUUGUAUAUUUC